AUGUUAAACAACGACGCAGGGUGGGAUUUCAACCGAGAGAUCGUCCAAAUGAGCUACGGAGAAGGUGGCGAAGACUCGUGGUUCGAGAGCGUCCCGGCGUUACCAGAAGAGUGGGACGGUCCCGUUGCACGUUGGUUGAAAGAGUACGUGCCCUACGACAGCACAGAGGAGGAGCUUGACAUGAUUGUGGGGAUUGCUGUGAACGAUGGAGCCAUGGAGUUCGCAGAGUUUCUGAUGCCUGCGGACCGAGAGAUUUUGGAAUAUAUCCACGAGAUGGCCAAGCCUGAAGCAGUCGAGUGGGUGCUGGAGAGGGAGGACGUGAGGAAGAACCAAGACUUUGGAGCGUAUGGAAUUGUCAUGGCAGCUUCGCAUGGCAACUUGGAUCUCAUGCAGCGACUGGCUCGGAUUAGAAACAAGAGACGGAAAAUAUCGCGCUGGCCGAGAGAGUGGAAGUUUUCCAUUGCAUUGGCAUGUAGCCGUGGCAACUUUGAGAUGGUCAAGUGGAUGAUGGAGCACCCGUUAGGUGCUGGCUUGAAAGAUCACUUCGUGUUCGACGGUCUUCUAGAUGAUGCGGCAAAAAGUGGAAACGCUGAACUGGUGGGUUAUCUCUUGGAUCAAGGCUGUGAUGAUACCAGCGCCCAUGCUCUUAGAAACGCAGCGGCAGAGGGUCAUUUAGAGUGCAUGAAAGUGCUACUCGAACGCUGCUCAACGUGCAUGUAUAGUGAACGCAAACCUGUCGAGACCGCAGUAGUUGAAGCUGCACAGAAUGGUCACCUGAAAAUUCUCCAGCUCUUGCACGUCCGAGAUCCACCGUUGAUGCAUCCAUGCACAGAACAAGGCACGACAUCUUCGAAGCGGAGGAAGAUUGAGCACAAGAAUAUUUGGUGGGCUCGAUCCAUUGAAGCUUUCAACGCUGCGGCGGGUAAAGGGCACCUAGAAGUGGUGAGAUGGCUACAUGCCAACAGAUACCGAGGGUGGACCACCGAUGCUAUGGACGACGCUGCUGGCAAUGGUCAUUUCGAAAUGGUGAAAUGGCUACAUGGCAAUACCAAAGUUAAAUGUACAAAGAGAGCGAUGGACGACGCUGCUAGAAAUGGCCAUUUGGAGCUUUUGAAGUGGCUACAGACCAAUCGCUCGGAAGGAUGUACCCAUCGAGCUUUCAGCCAUGCCGUCAACAACGGACACUUGCGAGUGGCCUUCUGGCUUCGUUUCAAGUGUGUGACUCCCCCUCCACCGAAUAAUCGAUUCUGGCUUUGCUCGAAAACCCAGUUCGACGUGCUUUUAUUUCUACGAAUGAACUGUCCCGACAUCUUCACGACUCAAUUUUGUCAAGAAGCGAAGUACGAUUAUUCAGGCGACGCGGCCAGGCCAGGCGAUUACCUGAUUGAAGAAUGGCUAAACGACCAUUACUCAGGGUACCCUACCGAGGAGGAAUAG